AGAUGCUUGCGGCUGACUAUAAAUCCUAAUCUAAGGACAUUGGGUUUCCUGAGGAGUGUAUUGUGGCUGUGGGUGUGUGGAGUUGGAAGACAAGCUGUCAUGUAGCCCAGGCUGGACCUUGAACUGAUUCUCCUGCUGACCUUUCCCAAGUGCUGGGAUUACAGACAUGUGACCUGCUCCAGCUUUUGAGGCUCUGAUCGAUGGUGAUGGUUGUACAAGUAGAGGCGAACAAGGGCUCUGUAGUUAGACUCACUGAUCUCCUCCUUGCUCCAUUCUGCCCUGUGGGAUGAAAUUUGGGUGCUGGGGGUGGGGGUGUGAGGUUACUGAAUGGGUUCAAGUGUCAAACGAUUUGUGUCCUUCACCACCAGGGAACUUCCCUUGUUUCUAGGACGCUCAGUUCCCUCACUGCUUCUGCCGGGAAAGACUCGGAGUUCCCUGUGUAGCCGUACUCCUACAGGCUUCAUUUUAGCAAUGGCUGUUUCGCAACUGGUAGGAAAACAUCUGCCUUCCAUAAGCUCCCCGGCUGCAGCCAAGUGACUGGAAUUUUCCUUCCCUAGCUAGCCAGGAGCAUCCAGGCCCUGUGCUGGAAGGCUCCUCCUUCCCCAACUGACAGCCAAAGAAACAUUGAGUUGCAGAUCUCCCCAGCCCCCACCUGCAACAGAUUAGUUUAGGGGUGUGUGUGCUUGGGGUUUUUUAGAGGAGGCCCUCACUGUGAGGCCAGGUUUAGGGAUGUACCAGGGGUGUGAGAGCAGGGGGCUGGGGAGACUAGAUCUGGGGAGAAGUUCUAGUAUGCCUACUGUAAGCAGGAGGUGGAGACCUUCAGACAAGUUUUAGCCCUGGGACAAGUCUAGAUCCCUGGAAGUUUAUACAGAGGUACCUCAACAGUCAACUAGUCCUGAAGUAAUUUGAUACUCAAGGCCUAAGUACCGCCCACUUCAGUAUCCAGCCAAUUCCCCACAGUAAGGCCCUCUGGAGACUAACCCACCAACAGGAAAAGGAAAUUGCUAGAGAAAGGGCGGGUCUACAGAACCAGGAUAGCAGCAGCCAUCCUCCAGACGGGGCGAUUGUUCCAGAGUCAGUACCAUGAGCCACAAUUCUCAAGCCUUCUUGUCCACCAAUGCCGGGCUUCCUCCAAGCUAUGAGACAAUCAAAGAGGAGUACGGGGUGACUGAGCUGGGGGAACCCAGCAACUCAGCUGUUGUGAGGACCACCGUGAUCAACAUGCCCAGAGAGGUGUCGGUGCCUGACCAUGUGGUCUGGUCCCUGUUCAAUACACUCUUCUUCAACGCCUGCUGCCUGGGCUUCGUUGCCUAUGCCUACUCUGUGAAGUCUAGGGACAGGAAGAUGGUGGGCGAUGUGGUUGGAGCCCAGGCCUACGCCUCCACUGCCAAGUGCCUGAAUAUCAGCUCCCUGAUCUUCAGCAUCCUUAUGGUCAUUAUCUGCAUCAUUAUUUUCUCUACCACCUCUGUGGUAGUCUUUCAGUCUUUUGCACAAAGAACACCCCAUUCUGGAUUCUAGCUGCCCUGUGCUCCACGGUCCACAUCUGCCCCGCCCCUGCCCCGCCCCCAGGCUCAAGCCUCGACCCUUUACCCUACGCGUAUGCAAAUGUUACCUUCACCUAUCUGUCCACAGUGGAUUCAAUAAAGUGCACGGGGUGGCAACUCUG